GGGCUGGAUGGGAGGGCGGGGAGGCCUGCGAGCGCUGAGCAGGGGUCGGAGCCGAGCUGGGGCAGGGCUGGAGAGGGAUGAGACUGAAGGAGUGUCUUCUUGCUAGCGAGAUCGCGGUAGUGUACGGGGGUGGGCGGAGAUCUGUGCGUGAGAUGUGAGGCUCCUAGGGUGAGAGACGGAGGUCAACAAAGGUGAAAAGGAGAGACUUUGAGAUCCACAGGUGUGAGACGGGGUGAAUGGGGAGUGAUACGGAGGUCUGUGGGGCGAGAGGCGAAGUCUGAGUCGAAACAGGGAUCUGUAGGAAUAAGACGGGUCUAUAUGGGCAAUAUAGCGUUUUGUGGAGGGAGAGAGAGGUUAGAGGAGGGACACUGUGGGGAGACCCACGGGGGCGAGAUUGGGAUGAUGUGGAGGCCGUUGGAAGGAUGUGGGAUUCCAGCGGAUUGGACAGAGAAUGAAGUGUUAUUGGGCAGGCCAUUGGCAGUGGUGUAGUAGAUUCAUGGGUGAGAUGUGAGGCUCUGGAUGAACACACAGCCUUUGGGGGUUCAGAUGAAGUAAGAGACCCUCAAAUGCCACAGCCUUGAGGAACAAGAGAAGGAGGAUGCAGGCUUCCGCCACCAUUUAUCCACACAGGAGAAGACCCCUCAGAUCUGUGUGGUGGGCAGUGGCCCUGCUGGCUUCUACACAGCCCAACACCUGCUAAAGGGAGCUCCAGGCUACUGGCUGUGCUCCUAAGACAGGACCAUGUGCAGCACGUUUGGGACAGUGGCACUUAGCUUGAGUCAGGCACUGAGCACAGCAUCUCGUAGCAUCCUCAUGACAACCUGCAAAGCAGGUGUCAUGCCUCUUGCUUCACAGCAGCACCCCCAGGCCCACGUGGACAUCUACGAGAAGCAGCCCGUGCCCUUUGGCCUGGUGCGCUUUGGCGUGGCGCCUGAUCACCCCGAGGUGAAGAAUGUCAUCAACACAUUUACCCAGACGGCCCACUCUGGCCGCUGUGCCUUCUGGGGCAACGUGGAGGUGGGCAGGGACGUGACGGUGCCGGAGCUGCGGGAGGCCUACCAUGCUGUGGUGCUGAGCUACGGGGCAGAGGACCAUCGGGCCCUGGAAAUCCCUGGUGAGGAGCUGCCAGGUGUGUGCUCCGCCCGGGCCUUCGUGGGCUGGUACAACGGGCUUCCUGAGAACCGGGAGCUGGAGCCAGACUUGAGCUGUGACACAGCCGUGAUUCUGGGGCAGGGGAACGUAGCUCUGGAUGUGGCCCGCAUCCUACUGACCCCACCUGAGCACCUGGAGAGAACGGACAUCACGAAGGCAGCCCUGGGUGUACUGAGGCAGAGUCGAGUGAAGACAGUGUGGCUAGUGGGCCGGCGUGGACCCCUGCAAGUGGCCUUCACCAUUAAGGAGCUUCGGGAGAUGAUUCAGUUACCGGGAGCGCGGCCCAUUUUGGAUCCUGCGGAUUUCUUGGGCCUCCAGGACAAGAUCAAGGAGGUCCCCCGCCCAAGGAAGCGGCUGACAGAACUGCUGCUUCGAACGGCCACGGAGAAGCCAGGGCCGGAGGAGGCUGCCCGCCGGGCAUCAGCCUCCCGUGCCUGGGGCCUCCGCUUUUUCCGAAGCCCCCAGCAGGUGCUGCCCUCACCAGAUGGGCGGCGGGCGGCAGGUGUCCGCCUGGCAGUCACUAGACUGGAGGGUGUCGGUGAGGCCACCCGUGCAGUGCCCACGGGAGACAUGGAAGACCUCCCUUGUGGGCUGGUGCUCAGCAGCGUUGGGUAUAAGAGCCGUCCUGUGGACCCAAGCGUGCCGUUUGACUCCAAGCUUGGGGUCAUCCCCAAUGUGGAGGGCCGGGUUAUGGAUGUGCCAGGCCUCUACUGCAGCGGCUGGGUGAAGAGAGGACCUACAGGUGUCAUAGCCACAACCAUGACUGACAGCUUCCUCACUGGCCAGAUGUUGCUGCAGGACCUGAAGGCUGGGCUGCUCCCCUCGGGCCCCAGGCCUGGCUACGCCGCCAUCCAGGCCCUGCUCAGCAGCCGAGGGGUCCGGCCAGUCUCUUUCUCAGACUGGGAGAAGCUAGAUGCCGAGGAGGUGGCCCGGGGCCAGGGCACAGGGAAGCCCAGGGAGAAGCUAGUGGAUCCUCAAGAGAUGCUACGCCUGCUGGGGCACUGAGCCCAGCCCCAGCCCCUGCCCCUGGCAGGGAAGGGAUGAAUGCUGGGAGGGGAAGGGCUCCAUCCGUCUGAGUGGGACUUUGCAACCUCUGCUGAUCCCAGCCGGCUGUGGCUUGGAGGCUUGGCUGCUAUUCCAGCGUCUCCUCCCUCCUAGGGAAGGUCGCCCUUGCGCCCAAGGGUUUAGCUUUCAGCAACCGAGGUAACCUUAGGGACAGGUGGAGGUGCGGGCCGACCUAACUCCUUACCCACCUCUCUACUGCUGGACUGUGGAGGGUCACCAGGUUGGGAACAUGCUGGAAAUAAAACAGCUGCAACCAAAA